AUGAGGAGCGCUCUGUUAUCACUGUUGCAGAGCCCUGUGCUUGUCGCAGUGGUUUUGAUCUCAGGAAUCGGAGGAACGUUUCAAUACGGCUUCCAUGUCUCCGUCCUCACAUCGCCGUCAAGUUACAUUAAAGAGCUGGUGAACAGCACGUGUGUGCAGCGGUAUGGAUACGCUCUGGAACCCUGGGAGCUUUCUCUGGUCUGGUCCUUCAUCGUCUCUCUGUUGUGUUUUGGUGGCAUGCUGGGCUCCCUGUGCGCCACCCACCUCGCCUCAGCCUUGGGCAGGAAGAGAUGCCUUCUGCUGAACAACGUGCUGGCCAUCGCUGCAGCCCUGCUGAUGAUUCUGAGCAAAUCGGCAAACUCCUUCGAGCUGAUCAUGCUGGGACGCUUCCUCAGCGGCAUUAACGCCGGUGUGAGCUUAACCGUCCACCCCAUGUACCUGCUGGAAUGCACCCCCAGGAGGCUGAGAGCGCUGAUCGGUACGUCCAUUUCCAGCUUCCUGUCUCUGGGAAAGUUCUUUGGACAGUUGUUAGGCAUCAGUGAGCUGUUGGGAACAGAAACCCUCUGGCCGUUCCUGUUGGCCUUCAGUGGGCUGACGGCUCUUCUGCAGCUCGUCUGUCUGCCCUUCCUGCCCGAGUCUCCACGAUACCUGCUGCUGGAACGGGAAGACGCGUCUGCCUGUGAGGAAGCUCUGCGGAAGCUGCGUGGUCCUCAUGGUCACCGCCUUUCAGAGGUGAAGGAGAUGCAGAUGGAACAAGAAGAUGUGCAGGAUGUGAAGAACCACGGCAUGCUGGAGCUCCUGCUCGAGCGUUCAGUCCGCUGGCAGCUCCUCACCAUCAUCGUCAUCUUCACUACAGUGCAGCUGUGUGGCAUCAAUGUUGUGUACCUGUACUCGUCUGACGUGUUCCUCGCAGCAGGAAUCCCAGAAUACAACCUGGGUUACGUGACUGUGGGGACCGGACUGUGUGAGUUCAUCUGUUCCAUCUUCUGUGGGCUGCUGAUCGAGAGCGUAGGGAAGAAGGUGGUGAUAGUUUGGGGUUAUUUUGCCAUGGCUGCUACGCUGCUCUUCCUCACUAUCACGCUGUACCUGCAGGCCUACGUGUGGUGGAUGCCGUACUGCAGCAUGAUGCUCGUCUUCUUCUUUAUUGCCUCCUUCUGCAGCGGACCAAACGGUGUGCUGCCGCCCCUCCCCAGUGAGAUUUUCACCCAGUCCUUCCAGUCGGCAGCGUUCACAUUAUCCAACACUUUAAACUGGGUGGGGUUAAUCUCUAUAGGCAUGGUGUUUCCCUUCAUAGUGGCCUGUCUGGAUUAUUUCUGCUUCCUGGUCUUCUUCCCGUUCUGCUUGGGCACGGCGCUGUUCGUGUGGUUCAACGUCCCCGAGAUAAAGAACCGAACAGUCACGGAGAUCAGCGCCGAGUUCGACCGGAUGCACGGCAAAGCCAGAGAUACCACCGAUACCAAACUCAACGCUGUACACGUGGCACAUGUGCAAACGCAGAUCGGACUGACCACCAAAUUCUGA